AUGUCCCCGCCUCACUGCCCCACGCCAAAUUCGAUGUCUGGCCGAGCCCCACUUCUCCCGCCUGCCCCCAGGCGCAGCGGGGGCGCGCGGUGUCAACGGAGCUUGUUGAACCCAAUGUGCGCCGCAUUCUCACGGAAGCACUGGCGGCAGACGUUGAGCUCGUACUUGCGGAUGAGUGCCUUCUGGUUGGAGCAGAUCACGCAGUGGCGCGCGCCCUUGCCCAUGCCGAUCUUCUGGCGGGAGCGCCAUUGUUCGAGGUGGCCCAUUGCUGCAGGUUGCGCCUUCUGGUGGUCUGUGCGAGAGUGUGGGUCUUCCCCUGCGAGUCUGUCACGGGAGGCUUCCCACGACCCCGCGUGA